AUGGGAAUCAUCUCCGCUGGCACUGGUGUUGGUGGUCCCGUCUGGUCUCCAAUACUCACAGCCUGUAUCCAAAAUAUCGGAUAUCGGAAUACCCGCCGUCCUACAGGCUGCAUUUGCACUAUCCUGAUCUGUGUAUCCGGCGUUGUUCUGAGUUGGGAACCGAAAAUCGCUGCGCGUCUUCAUGAAGAUAAUGCGAAGCGUUCUUGGGUCUCCGGACUCGUCAAGGUUCCCCUUCCGCCUUGGGAAAUUUUCAUGACUCGCAAGUUCUUUGCUCAAUGUCUCAGUGCUGUUUUCCAGAGUGCAGCUUACUACAUGCCUAUUUUCUAUAUUGCGUACACCAAAGCACUUGGCUACAGCGACACGGAGGGCUCAAAUUUCACCUCUUUGAGCAAUGCCUGUAACGCGAUUGGCAAGAUCAGUGUUGGGUUUAUCGCAGACAGGAUCGGGCGGCUUGAUUCGUUCUUUCUUACGACUGUUGAGUUCUGUGUCCACAGCAGGGCUCUGGUUGCCUAG